ACCAAUUAUAAAAAAUAGAUCGAGUUUUUGUAUUAAUUAAUAAUCAUUAAAGACAGACAAAAAACAAUCAAAGUUUGUUAUAAAUUAAAUUAAAUAAAAAAAUCAAAAAUAAUUAAAAAAAUGAUGUUAAAAAUCACAAUUUCAUUCUUGUUAUUUGUAGGCUUAGCACUAUCUGAUAAAAUACCAGGCUUAGAUGCAACUUGUGUUUAAGGAAAUGGAGAUUGUUCUAUGUGCUAAACUCCUCCUUAUGGUACUUGGAUAAAUGGAAAAUUAAAUAAAAAAUGUGCAAUAAAUUAAUGUGAUACAAGUAGAAAGCUUUUUGCAUAAAGAUCAGUGAGUGAUGAAUUUUGUAGCUCUUGUCCCACUGAUUUAGAUAGUCGUGGCACUCAUGCUUAAUAAAUUUAUGCAAACUAUGAUAGAUCUUUUUGUGUAGGUGCUUAGAAUAGCUGUACUAACAGGAAAGGUUUUGAUUGGACUGAUUUUGAUUGCGAUGCAUGUGGACAUCCAGAUGGAAAGUUUGCAAAAGCUGAUAAAACUGGAUGCACAAGCUCUGUAUCUAUAGCUGGAAAAGCCGUUCCUUGCUAGAGUAAUAACUCUUGUGAUGAAUGUCCUUAAUAUACUUCUUUUAAUUGGGUAUUAACAAACGGAAGUCAAAAGAACUGUUAACUUUAUUCUUAUUUAGCAGCAAUUUUUCCAAAAUAAUAUCUAACAGAUUUAAUGUGUUCUUCAAACCCAGAUUUAGCUAACACAAAUCUUUUUGCUAGUAUGGAUUAAUCUAUUUGUGUGAAUACUCCUGCUAUAGUAGGAAAUCCUGUACCUUGCUAAAAAAAUGGUAACUGUGAUAAUUGCCCAGCUUACACUGGAUUCAGCUGGUAAUUAACAAAAAAUAGUUAAACUCACUGCUAAAUUAGUUCGUGUUUUGCUAAUAAUUUUCCCUCAUAAGGUUUAACUGACUUAUUUUGCGGUUCUUGUCCUCAAGAUUUUGAGACUAAAAAAAGGACUGUUGCUAGUAAAGACUAGAGAAAUUGCGAUAUACCUGAUCCAGAAUAAACAGAUCCUAAUUAACCAUAAGACUAAAAACCUAAAUAAUAAUAAUCUUUUAAUCAAUUAUUAUCUUUCAGCCUAAUUAUAUUAUCUGCUUAAUUAAUUUAUUUGAUUUUAUGA